AUGGCGAGAGUUUUGAAAAACCACCUAUUGAAUCUAAGAACUAGAGGUCUAAAAUAUCCACUUCUCGUCAAGCGAUUGGCUUGCAUGGUUAUAUCAGGAGUGGCUUCUGCAGACUGUCUUGACAUACUUCAACCUGCCAAUUUAUCUUCUGAUAUGAUUAUACUGAUGGAAGAGGAGUAUGGCUUGCUAAAAAAUGCCUUUGAGGCUGCAGAUAUCGGAGACGAGCAGAUGGCAUUUCUAACCAAGCACUGGUACGCUGGCAUACUGGCCCGGAUCCGUAUCAAUGCCUUCCGGAUUGAAUUGGCUGGUGGAUUAUAUGAAGAUCUUCUUUUAUCAGCAGCAGCAUCAGUAGAAGCAGAAGCUGCUGUUGGAAAUGCUGUCUAUAUGCUUCCAUCCUUCUACAAUCAUGAUUGUGAUCCCAAUGCACACAUUUUAUGGAUAGAAAAUGUGGAUGCAAAAUUGAAGGCUCUCCGUGACAUUGAAGCAGGUGAAGAGAUGCGGAUAUGCUAUAUUGAUGCAAGUAUGGACCGUGAUGCUCGGCAAGCUAUCCUGUCCGAAGGGUUUGGUUUUCAAUGCCACUGUCUUGAUCCACUGGCUUUAUCAGCUGUUUUUUCAUUAGCUCAGUACAUGGGAGAAAAGCGAAUCACAGACGUAGAUUGCUUCAUCCAAAGAAGUGGAUUGCUGGUGUAUUUGGAGGACUCUUACAUAACCAGAAUUGAAUCACCUGGUUCCCACCCUACAUACUGGGAAACCACAAUAGGGACCAAAAUCGAGGACUGUCGGACGGUGGAGGGCGUGAUGAUUGCACACUCAAGACAAUCGAGCGCGAUCAUCACACAGUUUGAGGGCAAGGCCUGUGAUCACGAAAAGAACCUUGAUUGGAGAUCGCCAUUACAUCGAUGA